AUCGCAAGUCUUGAUGUUAAGUGGGUGUUGUUACCUAACCUGCGGGAUUUUAGCCUUGACAAAACUGGGCACAAUUUCAAAACCUUCUAAAGUUUCUUAUUUGCAAUUAUGACACCCUGGAUAUACGUCGCUAAAGUUACUUUCUCCGUAUCCUCUUUUUUCUUCAUCUAGCGGAAGGUGCAUUCUACAAUUAUGGAGUUUUAAAACCAGGAGCGUGAGUUUUGGGGGGGAAAGGUGGCCUUUCCCCUCAAGUUGGAUGGUUGGGUUGCUGGACGUGGAGGUCAGGGGGUUUUGAAAUUGUUGCUAUUUUUUUAUUUAUUUAUUUUUUUUCCGUAAAUGGUUGGAUAGAAAAACUAUUUUUGCAAAUUUUUUGAGAUGUACAUUUUUGUAUGACGUGCAUGUUAAGUUUUGUAUUUAUUGAAUUCAUCAUGCCGGUGUAUGCCGCAAGCAGCCUUGUGUGUGUUCGACCCUUGAUCGAAAUGGUGGACUGAAGGGAGCCACGGAAAAGGCUCUUGGGGUCGCUAGGGUGCGGUGGAACCUCAACACAAGCACAAUUCUAGCGCUCCAAGCCACCUCGACAAUUUUCAAAAACUUUCCUUUCCUCCGAGAGCUUCUUUUUGUUCUGCAAAAUAAUUGAGUCGCGGUGUUAUUGGUUUGUUGCGACGAGUCUUGUUUACAAUUGUGGGUGGUGGGCUGUCAGAAAGGCUCUGUGACAGAAGCGCAAGAGAGAAUUUAUUUUUUUUUGAAGAGGCCAGGAUGAGUCUGGCACCUCUGGACUGCACCCCGAAAUGCCGGUCCCAGCAACAUGCAGACCAGGUGGUGGCGGCGCUGACCAGUGGCUCCGAAGGGAAGCUUCGGGCGUUCCUGGCUUCACACUGCCACAAUGCAACCAGCCUGCGCGACGCUUUUGGUCGCACGGCCCUUCACCUGGCGGCCUCUUUGGGAAAAAAGGCUCUGCUGGAGUGGCUGCUGAACGCCAAAGGGGCUGAUCUGAUGUUGAAGGAUAAAGAGUCCGGCUGGAAUGCGCUGCACCGCAGUGCCUUCUAUGGACACAUCCACUGUCUCAUAUCGUUGGUCAAGCAUGGUGGACUUUUGUCCACCCUGGACAAGGAGGGUCUAUCUGUCCUGGACCUGACGAUGAAAGACAGACCUGCACAUGUUGUCUUCAAACACACCGACCCAACCGAAGUGUACAUGUGGGGAAGCAAUACUAAUUUUAGUCUGGGCCACGGCAACCAGGACAGCCGACAUCACCCUGAGCUGGUGGACGUGUUUGCCAGGACCGGAGUUUACAUCAAGCAGGUGGUUGUGUGCAAGUUCCACUCUGUGUUCCUGUCUCAGAAAGGCCAGGUGUUUACCUGUGGACAUGGACAAGGUGGAAGACUGGGUCAUGGGGAUGAACAGACCUAUCUGGUCCCUCGCAUGGUGGAGGGUCUGAUGUCCCACCAUUGCUCCCAGGUGGCAGCAGCCAAAGACCACACUGUGGUGCUGACAGAGGAAGGCUAUGUUUACACGUUUGGUCUCAACACCUUCCACCAGCUGGGCCUGACUCCUCCCCCUGCCUCUGCACACGCUCCUAAACAGGUGUUCUCCAAAAUGCUGAAAGGCAGGGCGGUGAUGGGAGUCACUGCAGGGAGGUUCCACACGGUGCUGUGGACCAGAGAGGCGGUGUAUACAGUGGGACUGAAUGGAGGGCAGCUGGGUUACCUGCUCGACCCAAACGGGGAGAAGUGCGUGACGACGCCCCGUCAGGUGUCAGCUCUGCACCACAAGGAUGUCGGCAUCGCCAUGGCAGCGGCUAGUGACGGAGCAACUGUGGUUGUGACUGGGAAAGGGGACGUUUAUCUGUUGGCUGACUACCAGUGCAAGAAAAUGGCUUCCAAGCAGCUUAACAUCAAAAAAGUCUUGAUCAGCGGUGGCAGUCUAGACCAUCGGGUACAUCCGCAGAUCUUGAACGACAGCGGAGGGGAAAAGAUUGCCAUCUUGGCAUUGGAUGAAGCAGGGAGAGUGUUUUGCUGGCGUUCGUCUGGCAGCGCGGUGAGACAGUGCAGGUGGGCGUAUUCGCGUCAGGUUUUCAUGUCCGACAUCGCCCUCAGCAAGAACGGCAUGAUGUUUGUGACUCCCGACGGGGAAGGCUUUAGCGGCGUAUGGGCCGGGGAGUAUAAAAAGUACGGCGAGAAAAAAGAGGUCAGUGUGGAGGUUUCUGGGCCAUCGGAUGCUGGCACCAUGUACGAGCGAAUCCGCCUGGAGAAACUCCCUUUGGUCCACAGAGCCGUCAGCAUCACCAUGGACUCCAAAGGACGAAACUUUGGAGUUCUUCAAGCUGACCCCAGAACCAGUUUGUUUGAGGUGCCCAGCAUCUCUCCGUCUUCCUUCGCCCAGCACUUCCAUAGUCUUCUGGAGGAGGCGGACGAAACGGACAGCAUCCACGACGUGACGCUUCAGGCCGGCGAGCGCAACUUCCCCGCUCACAAGUACAUUCUGUCCAUGAGGUCCGAGUUCUUCCGGAAGCUGUUCAUGUCUGAACGCUGCGACGUUAAAGAGGAGCUUGACAAGGAGGUGAGACGGGGCGAAGACGCCGUUGGGUGCGACUUGUUCAUUCUGGAGAAGAUCGCGGUGGACGUGCUGGAAUACGCUCUGCACUUCAUCUACACGGACUCUUGUGAGCUUCUGGUGCACGGGGCUCGACCCAGAGGCUCAGGGACGUCAACAGGCCAAAACCAGGACUCAGAGCACGAGAGGCUUAUCAGCAGUCUGCAGGACCUGGGGCUGAGAGGUUGCUCAGCCCUCGAAGUGUACCAGUCCCUUUCACCUUCAACCAAAGGUGACGCCGACAAGGCGAAGAACAAGGGCUCCAAGUUGAGCAAAAAGGGGAAGGGAGGCAAAGGUGACAAGACCAGGGCCAGCGAAGGAGGGGCUAACCCGGUGAAAACCUUACAGGCUGUGGCUAAAAAGCUGGGCCUGGGGAGCCUGUCGGCACGACUGGAUGGUGUGAAGUAUGAGAAUGGAAAGAUUAACGUUGUACAGAAGAAAACUGGCAGCAAGCUCAAAUUUUUCCAGAAAAAGUGCACCUAUCUUUGUGAUGUCACUCUAAAAUCUGAUGAUGGAAAAGAGUUUCCAUGUCACAAAAGUGUCCUCUGUGCAAGACUAGAAUACUUCAACAGCAUGCUUGGAAACCCCUGGAUUGAGGCAACAUCGUGCUCAGCUUUGGAGAUGCCCACCAGCUCAGAGAUCCUCCAGGUCAUUCUGGAGUAUAUUUACACAGAUGAGUCUCCCACCCUUAAAGAAUCUCCCAACGUGGAGUUUGUGUGCAACGUGCUGGUUGUGGCCGACCAGCUGCUCAUCACGCGGCUGAAGGAGAUGUGCGAGGUCGUUAUCACCGAGAACCUGACCCUGAAAAACGCAGCGGUGCUGCUGGAAUUUGCCACCUUGUACAACGCGGAGCAGCUGAAACUGUCCUGCCUGCAGUUCAUCGUCCUCAACAUUGGUGCCCUGCUGGAGUCCAAGGCUCUGGAUAUCCUCAGUGAGGAAGUCCUCGUCGAGCUUUCUGCAGCUUACAGACGGGCGAUCCCUGCAAUGCAAAGGCGAGUCAUCACGCCGUAUCCCGGAGCACCAGACCUUAGUGCGUAUGAGGAGGAGGACCUGGACUCGGCAUUCAGCCCCAAACCAGAGGGGGAACUGGAUCAGUCUUCCAGAGAAGUUCUGUUGAAGAAGGCAAAGGUGAAGGCAAAAAAGAAACCAAGGAGACGCUCUGACAGUUCAGGAGGCUACACACUCUCUGAAAUCAUUCAGAGCCCUUCUGCUGCAGCGGUGUCUCCUGUUCUGGUUAAGACGGGGAAGGCCAACUCCGCAGAGUCUCUGCAGGAAGUCCUCACGUCUGACUCGGAGGGCAGCUACAUGGCAGUCGGCAGUCCCAGAGACAUGCAGUCUCCUGUCUUUCAUGACAAACCGGAGGAUGAGCGAGCGUUCAGUCAGAGACUGAAGACUCCACCCAGCACACCAACCUCCCUGAGAUCCAGCCUUCCUGUUCUCCCUGCAACUCCCCCGACUUCCAUCCCCAAAAACCUCCCCAAGCUUAUUGCGUGUCCCGCUCACGCUCCUCCAGUGUUGGAUCUGAGAACCAUCAUGGAUAUGGAGGCCAGCUCUCUGCAGACUCUUGGUGCAACUCCAAAAAGCCCCGGAGUGGUGACCUCCAGCGUCAAACACUCUGCUGUUUCCUCCAAACUGUCCCAGAAGCAGAGGAAGAUGUUGGCCAUGGCCAGCAGAGAGGCCAGUGUGGAUUCACCUCCAUCUAAAUCGGUGCCCAUAGCAACGCCAUCCAAGAGCAGCGAGAAGGCCUGGGCAACAGCUGUCCAGUCCCCUCCUUCUUCAUGCUCAUUUCGGGCUCUCGUGGAGGAGGAAGAGAACCGUUCAGCCAGAGUGGGUCACCCGGGACCCCAGCGGGUCCAGAACGCCUUGGGGACCUCCGCCAGUGCCACACCCGCUGCCCGGAGGGUCACGUUCAAAAACAACGAUGGCGGCGAGCCGGAGAAGCCCACUGGGCCGUGGGUGCUGGGCGCCGUGGGCAGCCCCCCCCUCUCCUCCCUGGUGACAUUCGCCUCCAUCGUGGAGGAGGAGAAGCAACAAGAAGCGGCGCUGAUCCGCAGCAGAGAGAAGCCGCUGGCGCUCAUCCAGAUUGAAGAGCGAGCCAUUCAGGACCUGCUGCUCCACUACAAGGCGCGGGACAACCCAGAUGAGCUGAUAGCGGUGGAGACGACGUCCAGAGGCCCCAUGGCAGCCCCAACCUGGCACAAACACUAACGACGGGCGGGCCUGGGACGGCACAUCAGCAAACCGUCAGAGCGAAGAGUUUGAAUCCAGAUCCUCCCCACUGUGUGUUUCUGCUUUGCUGCUGCUCCGCGUCUUGCUUAUUUCAACUUGAGAGAGCGGCAGCUUCGCGUGUCACAAAGCGCUCCUAAAGCAAACGACUUUUAGAGCUCAUAGUUCUCAGCGAAAACAGUAAUAAUAAAUUUCCUUCAUAAAUCUCUUGAAUCUCGUGAAGUUGCCAAAGACUCAGGAGUUUAAGCUGCAAAGUGGGUCCAAACUAAACAAAGGGGGCUUGUGUGUGUCUGAUAAGUGAAAGUUCUCGGUUUAAUUAUGAAAAUUUAAGAGUGCCAAACAUCAGCUGGUAGAGCUUCAGCUUUAAUUAGUGGGAAAUGUCGUAGAGGUGCACCGAUCGACUUUCUCCGGCCAAUACCAAUUUCUUUCUUCUUCUUUUUUUCUCUUUUGAGGUCUGAUUUGCUGAUUGAGAUUAGUAUCUGUCAACUAAAAAAUAUAGGCCAUACAAAAAUGUGCUUAAGGUUUGUUGGUAGAUGUAAUGUAGUAGUUGAGAAAAUCCAACAGAAAAUGAAGGAAUUAUAAGUUUACUCUUUUCCGCAUCAAAGCACAAGUCCGUCACUUUUUCCUGAGUUUGCCCAAACUCUGAAACUGCAUCAGCAUUUCACGCAUUUAAUGAAUCAGAAAAAUUCUAAAUUUUCUUCUUUUUUUUUAAUGCAUAUUUCACCUGCUGUCUAAGGAGAGGUUUGGCCUUCUCGUCUUGUCAAAUUGAUGGAUGUCCUUUUUUUGUUUUCUUUUUGAUGGCAGAUUUGCUCAGUUGCACUGUCAUCAGUAAACUGAUUACAAGAUCAGCGUCCAUAACGGCAACUAGUGUAAAUACAUGAUUUGCUAUAGUUACACGUGAAUGCUAAACAAAGUGAGACAGCAUGUUGUUGUGAAGCUGGUUUAAAACUGUGAUUUAGAGACGGCGACGUGCGGAUUUAAAUCUUUAAUUCAGUAAAUGACAUUUUAAUUUUUUGCGUGUGGAAGCCAGUGUGAGUUUGGUACUUGAGCUUUAGACCACAUCAUUUCUUUACCUACCAAAAUGUUUUGUUUUUUGUGUGUCUAAGACAUAAGGAUGUGGAAGCAAAACUGGCAUGCAAUAAAAUAAAAUAAAAAAUUGCAAAAAUUCA